AUGACCAAUGUGAAGGAGGAGCUGGAACUUCUUCAUGACAACGUCGGUGACAUUCGAGGAAGAAGCAAAGAUCACGAGCUUCGUACAGCUCCAAUCAUAACGCGUGAUGCAUACCUUGCGGCAGGCUACCGUGAAGGUGCCACGCAAUACGGUGUCUUGGGUAGUGUUAUGUCUAUCCACCACAAAAAUAUUCUAUACAAGCCGGUCAAUCCACAGCUCUAUGUGAACACUAAUGCACCCUUCUCUGCAGUGGUGUGUGGGGUCCAGGGCUCUGGGAAGUCCCACACAGUCUCUCUACUUCUCGAGAGCAUGUUUAUUCCGAAUUUGCGCUCCACUGGCACCCUGCAGAAGCCAUUGUCGGGGCUCGUGCUCCACUUUGGAGAAGGGGGUCCCAGCUCUCGGCCUAGUGAGGCCGCUUGGAUCAGCUCGUCCCACAUUUCUGGUGUACGCACGCCGUCGGUCAAAGUUUACGUUUCACGUUCUUCUCUAAACACGAUGAGGGCUGUCUAUGCGCCCCUGGGUGACACGGUUAUUGUCGAACCUUUGUUCUUUACUCAAGAUGAGCUGGAUGCACAAGCCUUUCUGUCCAUGAUGGCUGUCGGCUCCUCCGAAUCAGCUCCACUCUAUAUUCAGGGUAUUUUGUCGAUUCUUCGUGACCUUGGGGAAAACUUCACUUAUCCCGAAUUUAUGCGGCAGCUGGAUGUGAAGAAGGAGUCGUUUAACAAUAUGCAGCUCGCAAGCCUUGAGCAGAGGAUGGCACUGCUUACCUCCUUUAUGAACCCCAACAUGAAAUCGCAGACCCGCUUCGCUGAGUCGCAGCUCACGAUCAUUGAUCUAUCAGACCCUUUCAUCGACCCAGCGUCGGCAUGUGGACUUUUUGAGAUCAUCACACGUCUGUUCGUCAGAGCGGACGUGGGUACUGGGAAAGUGCUGGUGGUUGAUGAAGCCCACAAGUACCUUUCGUCCACUAAAAGCGCCUCUGGCUUGACUAAGUCUCUCCUGACAUUGACCAGGGAGCAGCGUCACCUAGCCAUGCGCGUUAUCAUCAGUACCCAAGAACCUACGGUCGUGCCACCUGUUCUGCUUGACCUAUGUACUGUCGCGAUUUUGCACCGGUUCUCCUCCCCGUCGUGGUGGGAACAUUUGGCGAAGCAUGUAUCAGCUGACAUAUCGGCAGACGACGCUUUUGAUCGUGUUGUCAAACUUCAGACCGGUGAAGCGAUUGUGCUUGCACCCUCUGGCCUGGGAGUAUUUCCAGAUGCACCCGACGCUACCAGGACGGGCCCUGUAGCCCCCGUGCCGAAACUGAAUCAAUUUGGUCGUCGUUACGUGCUCAUAAAGACCAGACGUAGGAUAACGAAGGAUGGCGGAGCAUCAAUACUUGUAGUUGAUGACUAA